GUGAAACUUACCCUCACUCGGACGGUGUUCUAUAGUCAGCCACAGCCACAGACGCGUACAGGGUCCCGCUGUGUGCUAGGCUGAACCGAAGAGCAUCAUUUCGGCACCCACGGUCUCUUGUUUUGGGUCCAGACAACAGAAACCCGGCGCUAUAAUAAUACAAAAAAAUAUGAAAAACGAAUGCUGCCUAAAACUGAAAAAAAAAACUUUGCAAUUGGAUUUCAUAAGCACUAUUAUUAUCAGCUAGGUUUGAGUUAAACACCAUCACUGAAAACAAACAACUUGUUGCAUCUCUUUGCUUUGGAUUGUGGAAAAUUUAAGGGGAAAAAAAGGACCUAAAUGACUUGACAUGAAGGACAUGAUGUACAUUGCUCUUGCUUGGGGAGGUUCAUUAAUGUUUCUGCGUUGGUGUUGAGAAUUUUAAUCGCUAGAAUAAUUACUCGACAGAAUUCAGUUCAAUUCAGUGCCAUUAAUGGGGGGAAAAUAUGUUUGGGUGAGGAAAAAAAACACAUAAUGCUUGUUAAAAUCCGAUACAAAUAUUCCUGACGCUGAAUGUGUGUUUCUUUAGUUAAAGUCAAAGGAAUCAUCCAUCUGCAUAGAUGGGAUCUACAAACCGUUUGGAAUAAGUUGGAAAGUUGAUUUUAUGGUGCUGCUUUUUUUCAAUUCAGAUAGCUCUGAAGUUUAACACACCACACGACGUAGUUAUAUUAUCUUUUUAUUCGCGCCGACCACACCCCAGCACCAACUCCUCUGUUCAUCGGAGCAGGGUUCGCUUGUCUGCCGAGUUGGUGGAUCUGUAGUCCCUCAGAAGCGCUCAGAGACUCGCCGGCGCGCUAAGAGCACUACGUUCCUCCUAUUAAUCCAAGGGAACAGAGACAGUGCAACAUGUCUCCAGCGUGCCGGACACAUGCUGCUGGUUUAGCCCGGCUUUGGGCAGUGCUUGGGUAUUCUGCCGGGCUGAAGUCGAGUACCAGCUGGAUUCUAUGGCUUUCCUUGCUGUUCUCCAACACAAUCGCUCAAGAUGACGUGCCUCCCUAUUUCAAGACGGAGCCUGUGCGCUCUCAGAUGCACCUGGAGAGAAACAGGCUGGUCCUCACCUGCAUGGCGGAGGGCAGCUGGCCGCUGGAGUUCAAGUGGAUCCACAACAAUACAGAGCUCACCCGCUUCUCCCUGGAGUACAGGUAUAUGAUCCCGUCCCUAGACCGCUCACACGCCGGCUUCUACCGAUGCAUCGUACGAAACCGUGUGGGCGCCCUCAUGCAGAGGAGGACGGAAGUGCAGGUGGCUUACAUGGGCAACUUUGAGGACGGGGAGCGAUCGCAGAGCGUAUCCCAGGGGGAGGGUGCAGUCAUCCCCGCCCCGAGGAUACACAGCUUCCCCCAACCGCAGGUCACCUGGUUCCGGGACGGACGCAAGAUACCGCCCAGCAGCCGCAUAGCGAUCACACUGGACAACACGCUGGUCAUCCUGUCCACAGUGGCUCCGGACACCGGCCGCUACUACGUGCAAGCGGUCAACGACAAGAACGGAGAGAACAAGACAAGCCAGCCAAUCACGCUCACCGUGGAGAACGUGGGUGGCCCCGCUGAUCCCAUCGCCCCCGCCAUCAUCAUUCCCCCCCGCAACACCAGCGUGACCUCAGGGACCUCCGAGGUGACCAUGGAGUGUGUCGCCAACGCCAGGCCCCUUAUCAAGCUGAGUAUCGCAUGGCGGAAGGAUGGCGUCCUGGUGACCAGUGGUCUGAGUGACUUUAACCGCCAGCUGACCAUCCUGAGCCCAACAGUGCAUCAGUCUGGACACUACGAGUGCGAGGCUGUCCUGCGCAGCAGCAGUGUGCCCUCGGUCAGAGCCGGGGCCUACCUCCACGUUCUAGAGCCACCCCAGUUUGUGAAGGAGCCCGAGAGACACAUCACUGCGGAGAUGGAGAAGGUGGUGGACAUCCCCUGCCAGGCCCGAGGUGUGCCGAAACCGGAGAUCCUCUGGUUCAAGGACGCGGUCCCUAUUGGAUCAUUGAAGAUUCCUCGAUACCGCGUGCUGCCGGGCGGCACUCUGCAGGUGAACGGGCUCCUGCCUGACGACACCGGAAUGUUCCAGUGCUUUGCGCGUAACCAGGCCGGAGAAGUACAGACCAACACCUACCUCGCCGUCACCAGCAUCUCCCCGAACAUCACAACGGGUCCUUCUGACAGCACAGUGAUUGACGGCAUGUCAGUGAUCCUGCACUGCGAGACCUCAGGAGCACCCCGGCCAGCCAUCACCUGGCAGAAAGGAGAGAGGAUCCUGGCCAGUGGUUCAGUCCAGCUCCCCCGCUUCACUCUGCUGGAGUCGGGCAGUCUGCUCAUCAGCCCCUCCCACAUCUCUGAUGUCGGCACCUACAGCUGCCUAGCAACCAACUCAAGAGGCAUCGACGAGGCGAGCGCUGACCUCAUCGUCUUGGCACGAACCCGGAUCACAAGCCCCCCCCAGGACCAGAGUGUCAUCAAGGGAACCAAAGCCACCCUGGCGUGCGGAGUGACCCACGACCCCAGCGUCACCGUCAGGUACUUGUGGGAGAAGGAAGGCUCAGUGAUCCAUGCCAACUCCAUCCCGCGCAUCCGCCUGGACCCCGACGGGACCCUGCACAUCUCCCAGACCUGGUCCGGAGACAUUGGCACGUACACCUGCCACGUCACCUCUGUGGGAGGCAACGACUCCCGCAGUGCACACCUCCGAGUCAGGCAGCUCCCUCACGCUCCUGAUAACCCGGUAGCAAUGCUGAGCUCGGUGGAGCAGAGAGCCAUUAACCUGACCUGGGCCAAGCCCUUCGACGGGAACAGCCCCCUCAUCCGCUACAUCCUGGAGGUGUCCGAGAACAACGCUCCCUGGAUGGUGCUGCUGGCCAGUAUCGAACCCGAGUCCUCUGCAGUAACGGUCAGCGGCCUCAUCCCGGCCCGCUCAUACCAGUUUAGGAUCUGUGCGGUCAACGACGUGGGGAAGGGUCAGUUCAGCAAGGAGACCGACAGACUGUCCCUCCCGGAGGAGCCCCCCAGUGGCCCCCCACAGAACGUCAUCGCCAGCGGACGCACCAACCAGUCCAUCAUGAUCCAGUGGCAGCCGCCAGCCGAGAGCCACCAGAACGGCAUUAUCCGUGGAUACGUGAUACGGUACUGUCUGUCUGGGUUGCCGGUGGGCUAUCAGUAUAAGAACAUCACCAACCCUGAUGUGAACAACCUGCUGCUGGAGGAUCUGAUCAUCUGGACCAACUACGAGAUUGAGGUUGCAGCCUACAACGAGGCUGGACUGGGGGUCCACAGCCACACUGUCACUGAGUGGACCCUGCAGGGAGUGCCCACAGUGGCCCCGGGGAACGUCCACGCCGAGGCUGUGAACUCCACCACCAUCCGCUUCAGCUGGACCGCACCCAGUCCGCAGUUCAUCAACGGCAUCAACCAGGGUUACAAGCUGUUGGCAUGGGAACCGGGUCAGGAGGAGGAGGUUACCGUGGUGACGGUGAGGCCUAACUUCCAGGACAGCAUCCACGUGGGGUACAUCAAAGGGCUGAAGAAGUUCACAGAGUAUUCCACCUCCGUGCUGUGCUUCACCACUCCUGGGGACGGGCCUCGCAGCACUGCCCAGAUCGUGCGCACGCACGAGGACAUCCCUGGUCCGGUCGGUCACCUGAGCUUCACUGAGAUCCUGGACACAUCUCUGAAAGUGAGCUGGAGGGAGCCGCUCGAGAAGAAUGGCAUCCUCACAGGGUACCGCAUCUCCUGGGAGGAGUACAACCGCACCAACACGCGCGUGACGCACUACCUGCCCAACGUGACGCUGCAGUACCGCGUGACGGGCCUCACCGCCCUCACCACCUACACCAUCGAGGUGGCAGCCAUGACCUCCCAGGGCCAGGGGCAGCUCUCCUCUUCCACCAUCUCUUCAGGGGUCCCUCCAGAACUGCCGGGCCCCCCCACCAACAUGGCAAUCUCCAACAUUGGCCCCCGCUCGGUCACCCUGCAGUUCAAACCGGGCUACGACGGAAAGACCUCUAUCUCCAGGUGGCAGGUGGAGGCUCAGAUCGGUGUCAUCGGUGAGAAUGAAGAAUGGGUCUUGCUGCACCAGCUUUCCAAUGAGCCGGACGCCCGCUCCCUCGAGGUGCCGAACCUCAACCCUUACACCUUCUACAGGUUUCGAAUGCGGCAGGUCAACAUCGUGGGCACCAGUCCCUCCAGCCAGCCCUCCCGCAAGAUCCAGACCCUGCAGGCUCCCCCUGACAUUGCCCCCGCCAACGUGACCCUGCGCACGGCCAGUGAGACUAGCCUGUGGCUGCGAUGGGUGCCCCUGCCAGAGUGGGAGUACAAUGGGAACCCCGAGUUUGUUGGGUACCGGGUGCAGUACUCCCGCACAGGGACUGUGGGCCAAACACUGACCCACGGGAUCCCAGACCGGCUGGAGAGGGAGUUCACCAUCGAGGACCUGGAGGAGUGGGCAGAGUACGAGGUGCGCGUGCAGGCGGUCAAUGGCAUCGGAGCCGGGCCUUGGAGCAAGCCAGUCAGGGGCCGCACUCGGGAGUCUGUUCCGUCCUCCGGCCCAACCAACAUCUCUGCCUUCGCCACCACCUCCAGCAGCAUCCUGGUUCGCUGGUCUGAGGUUCCGGAACCCGACAGGAACGGACUCGUUCUCGGAUACAAGGUUGUGUACAAGGAGAAGGACUCUGAUUUGCCCCUGCAGUUCUGGACAGCUGAGGGGAAUACCACCCACAGCCUCCUGCUCAGGGACCUGGGGAAGUACGUCUUGUAUGAGAUCAAGGUGCUGGCGUUCACGCGGAUCGGAGAUGGGGUACCCAGCAACCCACCCAUACUGGAGAGGACCCUGGACGAUGUGCCCGGACCCCCAGUGGGGAUUCUGUUCCCCGAGGUCCGGACCACCUCUGUGAGACUCAUCUGGCAGUCCCCUGCCCAGCCCAACGGCAUCAUCCUGGCCUACCAGAUAACUUACCGGCUAAAUUCAACCAAUAGCAACACAGCAACGGUGGACGUGUUGAACCCCAGUGCGCGGCAGUACACAGCGACCGGGCUCAAACCAGAGCUGGUGUACGUGUUCCGUAUCACAGCUCAGACGCGGAAAGGCUGGGGGGAGGCGGCUGAAGCACUGGUGGUCACCACUGAGAAGAGAGACCGGCCCCAGCCCACCAGCUUGCCCACAGUCAGACAGGAGGACGUGCAGGCCCGGAAGGUACUGUUGUCGUGGGAACCAGGCAGUGACGGCCUCUCCCCGGUCCGCUACUACACCAUCCAGUACCGAGAGCUGCCGGACAGCAACUGGACCGUUCACUCAGCCUCAGUUAACCACGAGGCCAGUUCUUACAUAGUGGACAGGCUGAAGCCCUUCACUUCAUACCAGUUCCGGGUGAAAUCGACCAAUGACAUCGGAGACAGCGAGUUCAGCGAGGAGAGCGAGGCAAUCACCACGCUGCAGGACGCCCCGGACGAAGCCCCAGUAAUACUGUCUGUGACACCGCACACUACAACCUCUGUGCUGAUUCGGUGGCAGCCUCCCUCGGAGGAGCAUGUCAAUGGGAUCUUGUUGGGGUUCCAGAUCCGAUACCGCGAGCUGCUGUACGACGGCCUGCGCAGCUUCACCGUGAGGACAGUGAACAGCCCUACCGCGACCUGGGCGGAGCUGACCUCCCCUUACAGUGUGCGGAACCUGACCGAAUCCUCACUCACCCAAUACGAGCUGGACAACCUGAGUAAGCACAAGCGCUACGAGAUCCGACUGAGCGUGUACAACGCCGUGGGGGAGGGGCCAACCAGCGCGCCGCAGGAAGUCUUCGUGGGAGAGGCAGUUCCCACUGGUCCACCACAGAAUGUAGCCAUCCAAUCGGCGACCGCGACCCAGCUUGACGUCACCUGGGACCCGCCCCCUGUUGAGUCGCAAAACGGAGAUAUCCAGGGGUACAAAGUCUUCUACUGGGAGUUCCAGCGGCAGAAUGAGACGGAGCGUCUGAAGACCCUCUUCCUGCCGGAGGGCGGGGUGAAGCUGAAGAACCUGACAGGAUACACCACCUACAUGAUCAGCGUGGCGGCCUUCAACGCGGCAGGGGACGGCCCGCGCAGCCCAGCCACACGGGGGCGCACUCAGCAAGCAGCUCCCAGUGCUUCCAGUUUCAUCCACUUCGGAGAGCUCACCACCACCUCGGUCAACGUAUCCUGGGGGGAGCCCGUCUACCCCAACGGCAUCAUCGAGGGCUAUCGGCUCAUCUACGAACCCUGCACCCCCGUCGAUGGAGUGAGUAAGAGCGUGACGGUGGAUGUCAAGGGGAACUCUCCCCUGUGGAUGAAGAUCAAGGACCUGGCGGAUGGAGUGACCUACAAUUUCCGCAUUCGGGCCAAGACCUUCACAUAUGGACCGGAGGUGGAGGCCAACAUCACCACUGGACCAGGAGAGGGUGCCCCAGGCCCUCCCGGGGAGCCCUUCAUCUCACGCUAUGGCUCGGCUCUCACUAUCCACUGGACGAGCGGAGACCCCGGAAGAGGCCCCAUCAGCCGCUACGUCAUCGAGGCCAGACCCUCAGAUGAGGGACUGUGGGAUAUCCUGAUCAAGGACAUCCCGAAGGAAGUGACAUCAUACACCUUCAACAUGGACAUCCUGAAGCAGGGGGUGAGCUAUGACUUCCGGGUCAUCGGGGUCAACGACUAUGGCUAUGGCUCCCCCAGCGCCCCCUCCCCCUCCAUCUCUGCCCAGAAGGUGGCGCCGUUCUAUGAGGAGUGGUGGUUCCUGGUGGUGGUGGCUCUGGUGGGGCUCAUCUUUAUCCUGCUGCUCGUAUUCAUCCUCAUCAUCCGUGGGCAGAGCAAGAAGUACGCCAAGAAGUCCGACUCAGGCAAUAACUCAAAUUGCAACGCCCUGAGUCACGGAGAGAUGGUGAGUCUGGAUGAGGGACGGUUCCCAGCACUGGAGCUCAACAACCGGAAGCUGUCUGUGAAGAACUCCUUCUGCCGUAAGAACGGAAUCUACACCAGGUCUCCUCCUCGGCCCAGCCCUGGCAGCCUGCAUUAUUCGGACGAGGACGUCAGCACCAAAUACAAUGACCUGAUCCCGGCAGAGAACAGCAGCUUGACAGAGAAACCCUCUGAGAUCUCGGAGUCUCAGGGCAGUGACAGUGAGUAUGAGGUAGAUCAAGACAGACCGAAGACGCACUCCUUCGUGAAUCACUACAUCAGCGACCCCACCUACUACAACUCCUGGCGGCGCCAGCAGAAGGGCAUCUCCCGGGUGCAGGCCUACAGCUACACAGAGAGCGAUUCUGGGGAGCCUGAGCCCUCCGCCCUUCCUCCACCCCUCCCCCCAUUGCCUCCCCUCCCCCCGCAGCUCAACAGUGUCCUCAAGGGCCAGGGGCAGGGCAGCCUGUACAGACCCAAGGGCAGCCGGACUCCCACCCCCCAGCAGCAGCCCUCCAAUCCCCCCAGCCAGAAUAGCACCCUCUACAGGCCGCCCAGCAGCCUUGCGCCUGGAUCCAGGGCCCCCAUUGCUGGAUUCUCGUCCUUUGUUUGAUGGCAUCUAGAAACAGAACUAUCCCCUCUUCUUCCUUUUGAUUUUUAUUAUGAAAUCAUUUUCCAGUAUUAUUAUUUCUCUUAUUUUUUUUUUAAAGUAUUAACAAUGGUAAAAAUGAUGGCAAGACAUCCCCUUUUUUUCUGUCUUGUGUGUGUGUAUGUGUGUGUGUGUGUGUGUGUGUGUGAGUGUGCUUGUGCAUGUGUGUGUUUUUGAAAGACAAUCAUUUAAAAAUUGAAAGCAUCUGUAAUAUUGUUGCUGCUUGGACGAGUUCGCAUGGUUUUUGCUUUUUUAUAUAUAUUCAUUUUUAUUUUCUGUUUAUUCACACAACAAUUCUUUCAAAAAUAUAUAAUGUUAAAAAUACAAAGAAAGAAAGAAAGAAAGAUGUAGCUACAGUUGCCGAAAGUUAAUAUGGCCACCCUCCAAAACUUGCACUGUGAUUGGUUGUUUGUUUAGAGAAAGUAGUUUGUGAAUAUAUUUACAGUGUUUGUGAGAAUUGAGAGGCCAAGGCAGUACAUUCAGGACUCUUGGGAAAGUUGUGCAGAAUGUUAGUGUGCUGCUGGUCUGUCAAACCUUCUACGCUGUUCACUGGGAUAUGAGCCCCAGACAUUGCAGUGGGGAACGACCUGGAAACAAAAAUUACAAAUGCAAUUAAACAGCACAGACCAUUCAUACCAUACUGGUUAAAUCACCUAGGCCUGGUGUCUUUGAGGUAGGGGUUGUGCUGGAAAUUAGAAUCUGCCUUUCCCUUUAAGAGCAGCCAUCUUUUAUAAAUGGUGAUGUCAUCCUGAUGAUAGCUCAAGGUGUUAUUUGCUACAGACAUCUGCAGUGGGGUUUUGGUUAUGGACUGGGAACCAAAGCCCCAAUGUUUUGCCAUGUUUUAUAGUUAUUUUUCAAAAAGAUAUUUAAAAUGAUCAGAGCAUUGAUUUUUUUUAACAGCAUGCAUUAUUUUCCUUUCCCACUUCAAACUGUUGCUAACGAUUCGAUGCAGGCUAGGAGAGAUUAUAAUGACAGAAGGAUGACAACAAGUCACACCUGAUCUUUAACUCUGACAGCUCGGUGAUUCUUUACUGUAGAAUGAUUGACGGAAUGCAUCGGCCUGAAAGGUAGUCUUUGCAACCAUGACAACAGAGUCACUCACAGAUGCACCCUCUGUAUCGCAGCGUUCAUGAGAACUGGAUUGGACUUGCACUCAACACAUGGACCACAAACAAAAAGUACCCUGUUUCUAUAGCAGUGUAGGCAUUACAACAGUGAGGUGGUCCAUUUCAAUACAAUCAGUAAUACAUUUCCUCCAUGGUAGGUUUAUGUUAUGGCAAUGAACCGAGCCAUGUUAUGUUGCUAUGACGUCAGCACCCCACUAGUGCAGAACCAGUGUCCAUGAAUCACUGUAAGUGAACAAGACCUGUUACUGGGCAGGGGACACAGCUAAUCUCAGAUAAAAGGAACCCUAUAUAAUUAGCACACUAACACA